ACAAUACUCAAUAAGCGCAGAGUAUUCGUCAACUCAACAUCAGGGAAGGAAGCAGUGACAUAUAAAGAUUAAGAAAUCGAUCAAAAACCAACAAAAAUCUGAUUCUUUCUUUCUCCCGCGCACCGUUGCUCGAAUGCGAAUUUAAAGGAAAGCAAAAGUGAUUUGCAAAAAAAACAUGGCGGAAGAAAAAAUAAAAAGUGCCGAAAGUGAGCAAAUUAAAUCACUACCAAAUGGUCAAUUAAAGAGAGAUCCCACAAAUUUGAAUAACAAUUUCGUCGAACCCAACUACCUAAACGAGCGAUUACAGAGUUUGCAAAAUGUUUUGCUUGAAGAUUUCAAAAAACGUUUACAUGAAGAGUUUGAAGGUGUCGUACAAGAGCUGCGCAAACAUGAGCUUCAAUUGAACGAAUUCAAAGCAUUCGCCAAGCCACAGAACGGUAGCACGUGGAGCAAUCGCAUCUUAGCCACAGAAGGGUCUAAUCAUGCCCCAACUGAUUCAAAAACAAUUCUCGCCAGCACAACGGAAGACUCAAAUGCAGAAAGCAAACAGCCGGCCAAACAUAAAAAACAACCACGACCUCUGCCUGAAAAAGUGUUCGUUGUGCGCGAAUCGUAUCUCACGGCGUUGCUGGAAGUCGACCACAUGCGCACAAUUUAUCACAUUUUUGGCGCAGUAUUGUUGAUUUUACUUUUACAUAGCAUUUCAUACGAUUAUUUCACAGAAGGAAGAGUGUACAUUGGUUUGGGUACCUUCAAGUCAAGUUUGGCGAAAAUUCAAUAUGUAUUUGGAAUCUGGUUGUUGGAACAUGCUGUUGUAUUCCUGCUUUACUAUGCCUUCAAAAUGUGGGCUAAUGUGCGGGUCAAACUGGCAAGACAACCUGCACUACAAAGUUUCUGGUCACAUUCCUGCCUAAUAGCAUACAUUAGUUCUCAGCUGGUCUUUGGUUAUGUAGCCUCUGCGCUUUGUCUAAAACUGGAGUUAACAUUCAUAACCUCUUCCAUUCUACUACUCGAGUCAACUAGACUGCUUAUGAAGAUGCAUUCCUUUGUACGCACGAACGCUGCGCGUGUGCUUGCCGGAAAGCUGAAAGUUGACAGCAAUUCAAAUGAAUUGGAGGGCACCAAGAAUAAACAGCAAUCAACACUUGCCACACGCUUACCUGCAUUCAGCUCCUAUCUAUACUUUCUGUUCGCACCUACACUCAUCUACCGCGACAGCUAUCCGCGCACUUCACACAUCCGCUGGAAAUUCGCACUGGCGAGAUUUAUGGAAAUCGUUGGCAUAGCAUUCAUCUACAGUUUCUUGUUUGAGCGUUACAUUAAGGUUCAGUUCGAGAAUAUUGGACGUGACGAAUUAACCACAGCCUCCCUAAUUGUCAAGUUGCAUAACAUGUUUUUUAUCAACAACAUAAUAUUUUUAUGCGGUUUCUAUCUCAUUCUCCAUUCUUGGUUGAAUUUUACUUCUGAAUUAUUGCGUUUCGGCGAUCGUAUGUUUUACAAGGACUGGUGGACCUCGCCGAACUAUGACGCUUUCUUCCGUAAUUGGAAUGUUGUUGUACAUGAUUGGCUCUACGAGUAUAUCUACAAGGACACCUACAACUACAUUUUUAAAAGCUCCAAGUUGCCUGCAACGCUAAUGGUUUUCUAUACAUCAGCCAUAGUGCACGAACAUAUAAUUGGAUUUGCCUUAAAACUUUUCUUCCCAGUCAUGUUUUUUUUCUUUGGUGUACUCGCUAUAUGUAUGGUUUUUAUUACUCGCAAAACCUCCAAGAGACUUGGCAAUUUUUUGGUAUGGGGAACACUGAUUUUCGGCAAUGGCUUAUUGUUUUCAUUAUACAGCAUGGAACAUUACGCGCGCCAAAAUUGUCCUAGGACAUAUGAGAAUUGGACGGACUAUUUAGUGCCGACAGUGUGGACUUGUUACAGCGAAUAAUAGCGCGAUAAAUCGUUUUAUACUUACAAGCAUGGCUUUAGAGGUUUAACUGUAGGAAUAGAAACUAGUAUUUGUAUCAAUUUAAUCAUAUCUCUAUUUACUUAUGCAUAUAAAGGAUCUUUCAAAAGAGGCGCCUAGACGUCGGUAGUGAAUUAUUCCUAAACGGUACUUCUCAGCU